AUGUGGAGUAAGCAAAGAAUCACCUUUGUGGUGGUUGGAAUCUUGUUCCAUUUCUUUUAUUUAUGGUCAAUCUUUGACAUCUAUUUCGUGUCGCCGCUUGUCCAUGGUAUGAAAGCACACCAGAGCACAGACCAACCGCCAGCAAAACGGCUGUUUUUAGUGGUUGGCGAUGGCUUGCGCGCCGAUACGGUUUUUGAGAAAAUUACACAUCCGGUCACUGGAGAAACUGCACACCUGGCACCGUAUAUCAGAUCUAUCGUGGAAAACAAUGGAACCUACGGUGUCUCACACACCAGAAUGCCAACAGAGUCACGGCCAGGCCAUGUGGCGAUGAUUGCUGGGUUCUACGAAGACGUAAGUGCCGUGACAAAAGGAUGGCAAGAAAAUCCUGUCGAUUUUGAUAGUUUUUUCAACCAGUCAAGACACACGUACUCUUUUGGCUCGCCAGAUAUUUUACCAAUGUUUCAAAAGGGGGCCUCAGACGCCAAUAAAAUUGACACUUGGAUGUAUGGGCACGAGUUUGAGGACUUCACGCAAUCUUCGAUCGAACUGGAUGCUUUUGUAUUCAAAAAACUCGAUGACCUCUUCUACAACUCUACCGUCGACAACAAGCUCAACGAGGAGAUAAGACAGGAAGGAAAUGUCUUUUUUCUCCACCUUCUGGGUUGUGAUACUGCGGGUCAUUCUUACCGUCCGUAUUCCGCAGAGUAUUAUGAUAAUGCCAAGUAUAUUGAUACACAAUUGGCCAGUUUGGUGCCAAAGGUCCAUGAGUUUUUUGGUGACGAUGACACCGCAUUUAUUUUCACCGCUGACCAUGGGAUGAGUGCAUUUGGAUCCCAUGGUGAUGGCCAUCCCAAUAACACGAGAACACCACUCGUAGCUUGGGGACCAGGAAUCAAAAAACCUCUCAUAAACACCACCCCCGUUCACGAUAACUAUACUCAGGGUUGGAAUCUUUCUCAUAUCAACAGAAACGAUGUGAAACAAGCAGACAUAGCAUCAUUAAUGUCUUUCCUGAUUGGCGCUGAUUAUCCCGUGAACUCAGUGGGUGAAUUGCCUUUGGCCUACAUCGACGGCUCUGAAGAACAGAAACUGAAAGCUCUUUACGCCAACGCUAGAAGCAUUCUGGAGCAAUAUCUAGUAAAGGAAGAGGAAGUUGUCGCUUCGCAGUUUUUUUACAAAAGAUAUAGCAAAUUCGAUCUGAAGUCACCACUUGAAUACCAGCAAGAAAUCGAGAAACUGAUUGAUCGCGUAUCUCUAGGAGAUCUUGCCUCGGAGCCCUUGGCUAUUCAAUUGACAGAGGAAUUGAUGACCAACACAUUGGAGGCACUUUACUAUUUGACGACUUACAACAGGCAAUUUACAAGGACUAUUGUGACGUUUGGUUUUGUCGGUUGGAUCACAUACUCCUUCGUUUUGUUCUUGAGACUAUUCAUUUUAACAAAAGAUUACGAAGUGAAAGCUUCAGUUUUCCAUUACACAGUCUUUGCAACCUUGACUGUUGUUUUGAACUACACACUCUACUACCAGAAGUCUCCGUUCAAUUUUUACAUGUACCUGAUGUUCCCGUUAUUCUUUUGGAGUCAGAUAUUCAGAAGCAAGGUCAUUUUAAGUGAUGGUUUUGAGGAAUUUUUCAAGGGUCUUUCAAUGAACAAGAAAAUCAGCGCCGUUGUGGCGGUCUUGAGUGUUUACGAAAGCAUUGUCUAUGGUUUUUUCAAGAGAUGGAUUUUCACCGCCACAUUCAUUGCGCUUGGGUUCUAUCCCUGGGCAUGUGGUGUCCGCGGUUUCCGCCAGAACUUAAUUUGGUUGCUCACAAGCGGCUGUAUAUCAGUUUUCACCUUGUUUGAUGCAGUGAAAAUGGAGAGUUUGUUGCAAAUCAACGCGGCAAGUGCGAUGAUCGUCUUGAGCGGACUAUGGGGAAUUUAUCGCGUACGAUCCAGUGUUCAGCGUUACACGUCCACGUUGUUCCUAGUUCAGAUCGCUCUUAUUGUCGCAAUGGUUGCAAUAACCAAUAAAUCUGUGGUUUCGCUGCAGAAUCGGGAGGGACUACCGCGGGACUCGCAAAUUGCAGGCUGGUUGGUAUUCUUCGUUUCCUUGGUGGGAAUGCCUCUGUGUCACUACCCGAAAAUGAACCAGGACUACAGGGUCAGGAUGCUGACCAUCUACUUGACAUUUGCGCCUGCGUUUAUCAUUCUCACGAUCUCGUUUGAGUCGUUUUUCUACUUUUUCUUCACUGCCUACAUUUACCAGUGGAUCGAAAUUGAGUCAGACAUAAAAUCUCUAAGAGACGCAUCCACUGCUCCUCAAAAUUGGUUACAACUUCUACGUGUCUCAACUAUUGGAUUUUUCCUCAUGCAGGUUGCGUUUUUCGGCACCGGUAACGUGGCCUCCAUCUCUUCUUUCUCGCUCGAUUCCGUUUAUAGAUUGAUGCCAGUUUUCGACCCAUUCCCCAUGGGUGCCCUUUUGAUGGUGAAGCUGAUCCUACCCUACAUCACGCUAUCUACGGGUCUCGGAAUUUUGAACCUGAAGCUACGCAUCAGAGACUACAGCAUUUCAUCCUUGAUUAUUUGCACCAGUGACAUAUUGUCGUUGCAAUUUUUCUAUUUGCUAAAGACUGAGGGCAGUUGGCUGGACAUAGGUGUCACAAUUUCCAAUUAUUGCUUGGCCAUUCUCUCCUCGCUUGCUAUGUUGCUUCUGGAAUUGAUUAGCCACAUCCUGCUGAGAAAUGUUUCCCUGCAUCUUACGGACAAACAAAAAAAGUCCCAAUGA